AUGCACGCUAUGGAAGCACCAGGGGACAGUGAUUCUCCGAAGACAGGUGUUCACGACAAUUUCUAUGGAUGGAAAACAGAAACAAAGCUCAUGAGCCAAAGCCCACUUGUGCCGGUUGGUUCCAGCGGAUUCAUAGCGACACUAUUGGAAAACGGCUGUUUUGCUCGGGACGAACCCAGAUUUCUCGCUCUUUUUCUUGCGGAAUCCGGUGAUCCUGAUGCAGUGAAUUGUGGUGUCUACAGUGUGGGAGUUUUGCUUAGCCCCAGGACUAAGUGCGCUUUACUGGGUGACUCCACAUACGCUCCGACAGUCGGCAGCUCUGAGUCUGAGGUAGACAGCAUCUCUCGGGAUUUGUCACUGUCACAUGUGUCUCCAAGACGUACAGGUGUGAUUCUGCCGGGUGAUAUGAGCAGCAGGCAGGAUUCCGUCCGGGUGGGGAUAGCGUUGACCAAAUCUCCACACCAUAGGUACAAACGAUCCACAAUUUCAAUACUACUGGAUUUCCAAGGCGCAUUCGACUCGGUUGGCCGAUCUGUUCUUGACACGCCUACCAAUCAAGGAUUGCCCUGGAAGUUUGUGAAUAUGAUAAGUUCUUUGUAUUCUCAGACUUUUGAACGUGUGAAUUAUCUGGAGAGCUCUCCAAAGGCUUCCGUACACGGUGUCCGUCAGGGAUACCCGCUCUAUCCAUUUCUAUCUAAUUUCGUGAUCGGUGAAGUAAUGAGACGAACCUUGGAAGGUCUUCAAGACCCUGAUGUUCAACUAACCCCUGACGAAAACCCUGUCGAUCGGUAUAGUUAUCAUCUCCAUAGUGGAGAAUGCGCAGGUGUACCUGGUCGUUUUCCUGGAUAUACAGUUACAGAACAUUCAGCUGUAGCAAUCAUUCGGCGCCCUCUGCCUUUCGACUUCCCCUGUCUAGGCUUCGGCAACCUAACAGUAUCUCAGCCCCCAUGCUUCUUUCGGGUGGCAUGGCAGCUGGAUGAUGAUGACAACGAAGCAAUUGCUGUUUUCCACGCUGACGGAUUCUGUGCAUUUCGACGGUUUUUGGUCAAUCGGCCUACUGAAGCGAAAAUGGAUGUUGCUGUUAUCAACCCAAAGCCGUUCCUGAGCAGCAUUACAGGAAAACAAGUCAUCGUAAAAUUGAAAUGGGGAAUGGAGUAUAAAGGAUACCUUGUAUCCGUCGAUCGUUAUAUGAACCUGCAGCUUCACAGCACAGAUGAAUACAUAGACAACUGCCACACUGGUAGUCUAGGCGAAGUUCUUAUCCGGUGCAACAACGUUUUGUAUAUCCGAGAGUGUGAUGAUGAAUUUUCAGACAUGUGA